AUGUGUGGAGUCACCAGUUCUUUCCAUGUGUGCAGAACGUUAAUCUGCAUUAGCGCUCAGAACACUGAGUUGCUACAGAAAGGGUUGCAUGUCUAUACAUGUUCUGGCACACCUCACGCUUCAGUACGGUAUGACUGUGCAUCCCAGAAGGGCUGUGUUGUGUGUGUUUGUGCUUCAGUGGACUCCAACAACCUGAUUCCUGAAAAUGGUCUCAUAAAGUUCCACCAGGUGAGAAGAGUGAUGACCAUCCUUUUCCUUACUAUGGUUAUUUCAUACUUUGGUUGCAUGAAAGCUGCCCCCAUGAAAGAAGCAAACAUCCGAGGACAAGGCAGCUUGGCCUACCCAGGAGUGCGGACCCAUGGGACUCUGGAGAGCGUGAAUGGGCCCAAGGCAGGUUCACGAGGCCUGACAUCAUUGGCUGACACUUUUGAACACGUGAUCGAAGAGCUGUUGGAUGAGGACCAGAAAGCUCGGCCCCAUGAAGAAAACAAUAAGGACGCGGACUUGUACACUUCCCGAGUGAUGCUCAGUAGUCAAGUGCCUUUGGAGCCUCCUCUUCUCUUUCUGCUGGAGGAAUACAAAAAUUACCUGGAUGCUGCGAACAUGUCGAUGAGGGUCCGGCGCCACUCUGACCCUGCCCGCCGUGGGGAGCUGAGCGUGUGUGACAGCAUCAGCGAGUGGGUGACAGCAGCAGAUAAAAAGACUGCAGUGGACAUGUCAGGCGGGACAGUCACUGUCCUUGAAAAAGUUCCUGUAUCAAAAGGCCAACUGAAGCAGUACUUCUAUGAAACCAAAUGCAAUCCCAUGGGUUACACAAAGGAGGGCUGCAGGGGCAUAGACAAGAGGCAUUGGAAUUCCCAGUGCCGAACUACCCAGUCGUAUGUGCGGGCCCUUACCAUGGAUAGCAAAAAGAGAAUUGGCUGGCGAUUCAUAAGGAUAGACACUUCCUGUGUAUGUACAUUGACCAUUAAAAGGGGAAGAUAGUGGAUUUAUGUUGUAUAGAUUAUAUUGAGACAAAAAUUAUCUAUUUGUAUAUAUACAUAACAGGGUAAAUUAUUCAGUUAAGAAAAGAUAAUUUUAUGAACUGCAUGUAUAAAUGAAGUUUAUACAGUACAGUGGUUCUACAAUCUAUUUAUUGGACAUAUCCAUGACCAGAAGGGAAACAGUCAUUUUGCGCACAACUUAAAAAAAAAAACAACAAAAAGUCUGCAUUACAUUCCUCAAUAAUGUUGUGGUUUGUUGCCGUUGCCAAGAAUUGAAAACGUAAAAAGUUUAAAAAUAAUAAUAAAUUGCAUGCUGCUUUAAUUGUGAAUUGAUAAUAAACUGUCCUCUUUCAGAAAACAGAUAAA